AAUACCAGUCGCUGGAAGCAUCAGUUCUCCAUAAUCUCUUCUCAAGCUAUCAUGUGUGAACUUAACGGUGCGGGAUUUCCAAGUUCAGAUAGCUUUUUCCGGGGUGAUUACCAUUCCAUACCAUUGCUUAUAUAAUAUUUCAAGAAGCAACGAAUCCACUUAAUCAGUUCCUUUCAGCCCGCAGAGCCCACCUGCUAGUGUCGUUUGCUUACGUCGCGAGAAAACAUGUUUUGUGAACUUUUGACCCCUGGUUUUUUAGUAAUCGUAGCUGGUUUGGUACACGUCGGUAUUGCCAUUUCACAGUAUGAUGUGCCCCCCGCGAAAAUCGAAGUAUUCUAUCCGCGUGGAUUUCAAGUUUCGAUUCCAGCUGAAGAAGGAGUGACUCUCUUUGUUUUUCAUGGAAAACUAAACGAAGAAAUGGAUGGUCUGGAAGCAGGAACCUGGGCUAGAGAGAUUGUAAAAGCAAAGGAUGGACGGUUCACUUUUAGAGAUCGUGCUGCGCUGAAAACAGGUGAUGUCCUCUACUAUUGGACGUACGUUAUUUAUAACGGACUUGGAUACCGUAAGGAGGAUGGAAAAUAUGUAGUUACUGGCUAUGUUAAUAUAACAGGGAAUGACAAUCCGUGGCUUACUCCAAACGAAACAACUGCGAACUGCAGGCCAUCCGUCACUAUUGUCAAUGGUGUCCUGCAGCAAUGUGCGGAACGGUUGGUCUUCGAUGAACAGUUUUCUGGAAAUGCAAUAGAUGAUGCUAAAUGGACUGAACAACGACGUUUUGCUUGGGAGCCAGACUUUGAAUUCGUUACCUACCUGCCGAAUACUGAAGUUGUUUUUGUGAAAAAUAAUAAUCUUUUUGUAAAACCAAUGCGGCUAACUGAUAUAUACGGAGACGAAAUUCUUCGAGGAAGACUUAAUUUCGGCAUUUACUGCACUGGAGAAAUAGGCACGAAUAUUUGCUUGCGACGCCAUUCGUUCGAUAUUUUACCGCCAAUAGUAUCAGGGCAGAUUUCCACUAAAGGACACUUUAGCUUCUUGUAUGGCUCAAUCCAGAUCAGAGCUAAGCUUCCAGAUAUCAAGUGGGCUUUCCCCCAAUUAUUCCUCGAUCCAUCAGAAUUUGCCUAUGGCAAGUCUGAUUACAGCUCUGGGCAAAUGCGUGUAGGUUUCACUGAUGGCAUCAGCAAAUGCACCCUUUCUGGUGGAGUUAUUCUUGCAGCAAACCGAACUUUCCGCAACUUGAAAAUGUGUGAAAAAUUGUGCAACAACGGAGAAGGGUGGAAUGCUGAUUAUCACGUCUAUGGCUUGAAAUGGACGCCGGACGUAAUCACUUUGUCAGUUGAUGGUGAAGAAUACUGUGAAAUCGACCCUGGUACAGGGUUUGGAAAUAUUCGAACUAAUGGAAUUCGUUUACCAACAGCCAAUCUUUUGAACAUGCAGAAGAAAAUUGCACCUUUCGACAACCCGUUUCAUAUAACAAUUGGUGUAGGUGUGGGUGGACAUUAUGAUUACUCUGAUCGAAUCCCGAAUAAGCCGUGGACCAAUUUACAUGUGAGAGCUAUGGUGAAGUUUUGGAACUCCAUAAAACAAACAAACUAUCCAGAAGGGGAACUAGCUGUUGAUUAUAUUCAAGUUUUUACAGUUUAAGUGAAUAUGGAUAGGUUCUGUAAAUCUAGCUGGACACAUCAUAAAACUUUUUAUAUAUUUAAUUUACUCAA